AUGUCUUCACGUUGGGGUGGUUCUCCACAAUGUCCACGCUGCCAAAAGGCUGUAUAUAUGGCUGAACAAGUUAUUGGCCCGAAUGGUCCAUGGCACAGGGAUUGUCUUACUUGUAUUGAUUGUAAAAAACGGUUGGAUUCUUAUGUCUUAGCAGAGCAUGAAGGACAGGCAUAUUGUAAAACUUGUCAUGGACGUCAUUUUGGGCCAAAAGGUUAUGGAUAUGGCGCAGGAACUUCAUUCUUAAGUAGCGACCGACCAAUCAAAAAACCAAGUGGUAAUGAAUCAACCUCGGACAAGAUAUCUCAAUCACCACCUAGUUCACCAUCGGGAUUUUUCAGUUCUAGGCCUCAGUCACCUAGAAAUGCGAAGCGUUGGACACUUCCACUCAAUAAUGAUAUAUGUCCACGCUGUUCAAAGGCUGUUUAUGCAGCUGAAGCGGCGUUAGGUGCCGGAGUUAAAUAUCACAAAUUAUGUUUACGUUGUGUUAAUUGCGAUAAACUUGUGAGUUCUGCAAAUAUGGCAGACCGAGAAGGCAAGAUUUAUUGCCGGUCAUGUUAUUCUAAAGGCUUUGGCCCAAAGGGCUACGGAUAUGGCAAUGGAGCAGCAUUUUUAACCACCGAAGGAGCAGCUACCUGA